CCGAGGACCUGAAGAGGGGGGGGGGGGGGGACUGGAGGGUCCUCAGGGGUCCAACACGUGGUCCAAGGACCUAUGGAAGGACGGUAUUAGAGGACACAUUAAGGCUCUCCAUGACGUCUUCUUCCCUCAACUCCAGCGCCGGAGGAGCCGAGGAGGGGGGGCAGUGCAUCGUCAACGACCAGAUGGGACCCUUCACCGUCCUCUACAUCCUCGUCUUCAUCAUCGGCAUGCCUGGAAACCUGCUGUCUGUGUGGAUCUUCAUCCACAGCCCCAAAGCCUGCAAGAGCUUCAGCGUCUACCUGCUCAACCUGCUGCUGGCCGACCUGCUGCUGCUGCUCGCGCUGCCCUUUAAGAUCCUGAAGGAUGCGGGCGCGGCGCCGUGGAGCCUCAUGGUGUUUCACUGCCAGGCCAGCGCCGUCGUCAUCUACAUCAGCCUCUACGCAUCCAUCGUCUUCCUCGCCUUCAUCAUCAUCGACCGCUACCUGCAGGACAGCCACAGUCUGUGCUCUCUGCGGCUGCAGCAGGUCGGCUUCGCCCGGCUGCUGUCGCUGGUCGUCUGGUCCCUGGUGCUGCUCAUCAUGGUGCCCAACAUGGUUCUGCCCGUCCAGCACGUACAGGUACUGUAGUACUACAGUAGUACUACAGUAGUACUACUGUAGUGGAAAAAACUUCUGUUACUAUCACUACUUAUGCUUCUACUAGAGCUACUUAAUGUCGGGUUCCUGGUGAUGGACGGAUUACCGAUCGGGCCGACAGAGUUUGAGUCUCUGUUUAAAGUUACUGCUAACAUUAGCAACAAGCAGAGCUAGCACAGAGACGCUAAAUGAACAGUUAACAAAAGAAACACAAAGGGAUACUAAACGAGUCCGAAGAGACACAAAACGACCAAAAAGAGAUGCAAAAAC